GCCGCCGCCUCUUCCCCGCCGCAUGGACGAGCACCUCAGCCUCCUGCGCUCGCCGCCGCCGCCCUCCGCCCGCCACCGCGCCCACCCUGCGCAGCCCCCCGCGAGCGGCGGCGGCGGCGCCCACACGCUGGUGAACCCCGGCUACGCCGAGCCCGCCGCAGGCCCCGAGCUGCCGCGCGACAUGACGGUGGUGCCCGGGGACCACCUGCUGGACCCCGAGGCUGCCGACGGCGGCGGGGGCCCGCCUCAGGGUGGCUGUGGCGGCGGUGGCGGCUGCGACCGCUACGAGCCGCUGCCGCCCGCGCUGCCGGCCGCCGGGGAGCAGGAGUGCUGCGGGGAGCGCGUGGUGAUCAACAUCUCGGGGCUGCGCUUCGAGACGCAGCUCAAGACCCUCUGCCAGUUCCCGGAGACGCUGCUGGGCGACCCCAAGCGGCGCAUGCGGUACUUCGACCCGCUCCGCAACGAGUACUUCUUCGACCGCAACCGGCCCAGCUUCGACGCCAUCCUCUACUACUACCAGUCCGGGGGCCGCAUCCGCCGGCCGGUCAACGUGCCCAUCGACAUUUUCUCCGAGGAGAUCCGCUUCUACCAGCUGGGCGAGGAGGCCAUGGAGAAGUUCCGCGAGGAUGAGGGCUUCCUGCGGGAGGAGGAGCGGCCCCUGCCCCGCCGCGACUUCCAGCGCCAGGUGUGGCUGCUCUUCGAGUACCCGGAGAGCUCGGGGCCGGCCCGGGGCAUCGCCAUCGUGUCCGUGCUCGUCAUCCUCAUCUCCAUCGUCAUCUUCUGCCUGGAGACGCUGCCCGAGUUCCGCGACGAGAAGGACUACCCCUCCUCGCCGUCGCAGGAGCUGUCCGAGGCGGCCGGCAACAGCACGUCGGCAGCCCCCGCGGGAGCCUCCAGCUUCUCGGACCCCUUCUUCGUGGUGGAGACCCUGUGCAUCAUCUGGUUCUCCUUUGAGCUGCUGGUGCGGUUCUUCGCCUGCCCCAGCAAAGCCACCUUCUCCCGAAAUAUCAUGAACCUGAUAGACAUCGUGGCCAUCAUCCCUUAUUUCAUCACUCUGGGCACUGAGCUGGCUGAGCGACAGGGCAAUGGACAGCAAGCCAUGUCCCUGGCCAUCUUGAGGGUCAUCCGCCUGGUGAGGGUCUUCCGCAUCUUCAAGCUCUCUCGCCAUUCCAAGGGGCUGCAGAUCCUGGGGCAGACGCUGAAGGCUUCCAUGCGGGAGUUGGGGUUGCUCAUCUUUUUCCUCUUUAUUGGGGUCAUCCUUUUCUCCAGCGCCGUCUACUUUGCCGAGGCAGACGACCCCACUUCAGGUUUUAGCAGUAUCCCGGAUGCCUUCUGGUGGGCAGUGGUAACCAUGACAACAGUAGGUUACGGUGAUAUGCACCCAGUGACCAUAGGGGGCAAGAUUGUGGGGUCACUCUGCGCCAUCGCUGGUGUCCUCACCAUUGCUUUGCCCGUCCCUGUGAUUGUUUCCAACUUCAAUUACUUCUACCACCGGGAGACCGAAGGGGAAGAGCAAGCCCAGUACAUGCACGUGGGAAGUUGCCAGCACCUCUCCCCUUCUGCCGAGGAGCUCCGAAAAGCAAGGAGUAACUCGACUCUGAGUAAGUCGGAGUAUAUGGUGAUCGAAGAGGGGGGUAUGAACCAUAGCGCUUUCCCCCAGACCCCCUUCAAAACGGGCAAUUCCACUGCCACCUGCACGACGAACAAUAAUCCCAACUCCUGUGUCAACAUCAAAAAGAUAUUUACCGAUGUUUAAUCUAUGAUCCAAGUGACAUGCUGUGCUCAGUAUUAUGUGGAACGUGCCCCCUUGGUCUGUGUAUGCCCUUGUUUUAUACAUUUCCAGGCCAUUCAUCAAGGAAAGGACAUGAAGAAGUGGAAAGCACACUUCAUUCUCCCUCACCCUACUGCUUCAUACUGAAACAGGUGUCUGUUUUGCAAGUGGGCUGCAUUCUCUCAGCUCUCCUUUUUUUUUCCCCUCUCCCUCUCUCUCUUAAUAUUGCAAGCAACAGACUUACUUUAAACUUGAUUUCUAGUACAAAUCCUGUUUAAAAAAAUAAAAACUGUACAUCCUGGUAGGAAAUGAAACUAGAGAACGGUUAGAGUAACUGUUUAACCUGAGAAUUAUUUGUUGCUUUACUAAGUAAAGCAGGCACAUAUUUAAACGGUGCUUCAGUUUGAUGGACCCGUCAGCAUUAUUGAAUCUUUAGUUCAAUUGCCUGUGCUGUGGAUAUGUGGAUGGAAAGUCUAAUGACUUGUAAACCCACCAUAAGUUCAUUUGGUUUUUGACUAGAAUUUCUAUUGGAAACUCCCCUCCUGGAAUUUACACUUCUCUACAACUUUGAACAAAGGGGAAUGCCUGAGAUGUCCUGAUCUAAUAUAGUUUAACUCUUUGGGGCUUGUUAAGCAUUUGGAAGUAUUAGACUAACAGAUUUCCUGUGAAGUUGUGUGUGUGUUCCAGCCAACAUCUAUCAAAGUCUAGAAACAGAUGUUUUCAGUGCUGCUGAGAGAAACAAAAUUUCCUAAUGCAUCUGAGAGAUAAGCUUCUGCAGUAUCACAAGAAGAUUAAAGUGGCAGACACUCCUUCCAGCGGAAGUUACUAAUUCGGACCUGACUGAUGCAGUUCCCAUAGCAACCCAUGUUUCCUGGGAAACCCGAAAAAGGUUGUCAUGGCAUCUCUUGCUCUCUAGCCCCGCCCCCUAGCCCCUGCCUUUUCCACAGUAAUCUUUCCAGAUGUUUUCUAGUUACAUGAUUUCAUAAGGAAAAUCACUGUUUGAAUAAAGUCUGAGAAUCUGAGGUGGUGAUAUGAAUCACAAAAUGCCUAUUUUUUUACUACAAAAAAAAUCACUGAUAUCAUUCUAUAAUGACUGAAUCCAGAAUGAAAGUAUCGUCUUUGGAAUGGUUAGAUAUGCACCACAAUAAGGAAUGAUUUGAAUUAAAUGCCAGUAAUUAGGCAAUAAUUUUAAAAGAUGCUUCUCUACUGUUUCCUUUCUCCAAGAAGUUUCAAGCCAACAAAUGAAAUUUAAAAGCAAAUUUCAAAGUGUUCUGUACAUAAGCAAAUGAAAGAUUCAAUCAGUGCACCUGAAACUUUACUGCAAGGGACCUUCAGACUUCCUCUUUAAAAUAAAAUCCAGAUCCCACAACAGCACUGUUACCAUCACAGCACUUGAAAAACAAAGUAAACUUUAAAAAUAUAAAGGAUGCAUAUUUUUAACUGAGGGAAUUGCAGACAAUCAAUUCGAAAGAGGGACGGGAAGUAACCAAAUCUUGGGGAAAUUCCUUCAAGUUUCAGCCAUAUGCCAGGGGUUUCCAGAAGACAAACAGAAUCAGGUGAGCACUCUGUGCGCUGAGAGCACUCCUUUUUGUCCAGGGAACCAGGGAAAUGCUCUUCCUGUCUAGAUUGGCGAUACUUGGAAAACCAAUAGUUUUAUAUUAAUUAUGUGCAAGUGCCUUUUAAAGAUCAUUUACAAUACCUUUUCCAUUUGAUUUCCAUGUUGCUAAUUAUCGUUUGGUUUCCGUUGCUUAUUGCAAAAGGAUGGGGAAAAAAGUCAUUGCUCUUCAGAAUAACUUUCACCCAGACUGAGCUGAAAAUGAUUCCAUUCUGUUUACCAACCCACUUGGCUUCGGAAGAACCGGUUUCCCCUUAAAAAUGAGAGUAAUCUAUUUUUAAAGUUCAUAAAAUAUUUUCAGGUAGUCAGAAGCCUACUUACUUUAUUAUUUGUGCAUUUGAGACAGUGAAAAUUAAUGUCUUACAAUAAGACUAUAAGAGGGGAAGAGGAAGAGAAAGACAAAAAAAGAGGCAGGAACUCUAUCUGGUCAUAGGGUCGUUGUUUUUAUCUCUAUGUGGGUCAAAAUCAGACUCCUUUAUCUAGUUUCCUUGGCUACUUGUUUGAGUUACUUGUAACAUUGAUCUACCUUUCGACCAAAUUUGUGGUGUUCUUAAUGACCAUAAAUUCUUUUUAUGACCCAUUUUGGAGGUAAUAUGUUAGACACACUGUAGUAAUAAGAUUAAGAAUAAUUUUUGUUUUUGUUCUUAAAAGAACAUAAAGAUAGACAAAUCACAGUGACAAUUUUAUUCAUAUUUAUUCAGAAGAUGUAGAAACCCUGAGUAGUUCUAUUAGUAAGUUACUAUGGUUGUGGCAUAAUUUUGGGAAUUGUAUGGAAUUUUUUGGAAUUAAAUAACAAUUAUAUGAAGGAGACCUUUAUUUUUUUAAUUCAGAGGAAUAUGGCUUUUGAGUUAUAACUUCGAGGUAGUACAUUGCUUCUGGUCGCCAUAUUGUAAGCCCCUUAGAGGUUAUAGAUUCUGUGUCUUGACAAGCUUUGGCUACUAGUGCCCCACAGAGAACGUAGCACCUUGAUGUAUUCAAUACAUAUUUGAUGAGUGAAUGGCUAUUAUCUUACAUGAAUGUUAUAUUCAGGCUUUUAAUGAAGUGGUUUGAAGCCUAAGUUCGGUAGUCAUAUUGCCAGGUUUUGAAUCCUGACUCCACUGUAUGACAUUGAGCAAAUUACUUAACCUCUCUGGACCUAAGUUUCCUUAUUGAUGAUAAUAAAUAGUACCUCAUGGGGUUGUUGUGAAUAGUAAAUGUUAAUACAGGUGUAACACUUAGAAAAAAUAAUGCGUGAUAUGCAGCAGAGAUUACAUUAUUAGAUUAUUUGCUGAGAGUACGUUAUUGUGAUCAUUACUCACCAACAUUGUAUAAUUAAUACCAAGCUUUGUGAAUAAUAUGAAAUACAUAAAUAAUCAGUGUCUUCCUAUUUACUUUCUAUAUAACAAUAAUAAUUACCACUUAUUAAAGGUUGACCAUGUCCUGGACACUUCUCAACUCUGUAAGUGGUAUUAACCCUGUCUUAGGAGGGCAAAAAAUAGAUGGUUAAGUGAUUUCCCUAAGACUUCACUGCUAGCAAGAGACCAGCUACGAUUUAAAGCCAGGUCAUUCUGGCCCCAAAAGCCAUUUUCCUUUUGUUGGGUGACUUGAAAGCGACUGAGAAAAUAAAUUUCUUAUGCUUUUA